AUGACUCUUACCCGAAAAUGUCGAGGCGCUCUAUAUCUUGUAGAGUUCAACGGUCUUGGUUCUGUUGCUCAGGUGGCAUUGUUCUUCCUGGGCUAUAACUACACCGCUUCCCAGCGGCUUGAUAUGCCCCGUUCACCGCCCACUCUGCAUCCUUCUUGGGAAAAGAGCUAUUGGCGUGUUCAUCUUAGUUCAGACAAAAGAAGGUUCAACUAUAACUUCGAGUCUCUAUCACUUCCUGGUAAUGAGGUGUUCGACUUUGACUGUGAGACCAUAGCGAACUAUGACGGUUGCCAUCUAGGAACUGCCAGUGUCCGAGGAUAUAGUGAAGCAUACAGGCUGCAACAAGGUUCCUUGCCAAAAGGCCACGCGAGCGUAGAGGUUUUCAGUUCAGCGCAGGCUUGGAUGGAGCAGCUCUCGAUCAACGCACUGAAUGAAAAUAUUUCAAUGUGCUCAAGAACCGGGUCUCUCGAUAGGAUCGGGGCGAUCGGACUCGACGAGGCCAUCAUCACUCACGCCACAUCCGGAGUUGGAGCAGCCUGUGCCACUAUCCAACUAUCUCCCCCAAGUUUUCUCUCCGAUAUCCGCGGAUUUUCUGCCUUCUCGUCUACUAUCGCAAAGAUCACAACUAGGGACGCAAUCGGCCUCCAAAAGUUCUUGCAAUAUAUCCUCAUGGGCGAGCUGGCCUCUGUACUCGAAUACGAUGCUUCAGAUCCCAAAGCCUUCCCUAUAGAUCUCGCCAACCUCUCCAAGUGGAAUCCACCCCGAAUCUUCCCACCACGUCCUUCCUCAUUCAAGAUUCAAGGCCGAGUUGAGCUUCAAGCUAUCCAGCUGAAUGAAGUGGCGAGUCCAGCCAAUACUGCCGGAAAGACAUAUAGCGCAAGACUGGGGUUCUCUAGCCACGGUGAUGAGGUGUCAUUCACCAUCCGAUUCAACCCACUGCUCGUCUAUGCCAGGCAGUUGAACAAUGGAGCUAUAAUCCCGACCGGGCCGGGACUGAUUAUCAUCAACGCAAUGGAGCCGGGCGAGGAAGCUAUGGCGCGAGCA